AUGCUUUGCCCGAGAGGUCACGCCACCACUUCCGAAGGAAGGAAGCUAGGCCUCUUCUCCAGGCGUUACUGCGAUGUUUGUGGAGAGAAGGUGUCUCGCCGAGGCGGAGUUUACCAUGAAUGCGCUGCUGGCUGCGACUUCCGAGUUUGCAGCAUAUGCAAGAAGGAGGCCGAGAAGAGUAAUUACUUCGUGGAGCCAUGCACCUUCACCUUUCCUGGUGGGCUCGGUCCUUUCAGUAUUCAACGAACAAGCCUCGAAGGCUCGGAUCUCUUCCGCAGCGAUCCGCGGUCACGCGGCGGCUCUUGGAUCUUGCGCGACAACUUCUUCCAACGCGGUGGAAGGAGUCUUCGAAGGUGCUGGCAAGCCUUGCAAGAGAAUGGGGUUGCACUCGAACUGCCACAAAAAGGCACGGGCAUUGCAGUGGAUCUUUCGCCCAUAGCUCCGACCAAGCUGUGUUCAGAAGUGCGCAGGGCUAGCCGUAUUCCUGAUGUACCCGGGGUCCUGGUGGCAUGGAUGUAUGCUCUACAGAUCGAGUGGCACAUCAUUUUAGGGGACUCAGAAAGAGAAGAAGACGGCACAGCAGCGGACUGGUCGUUUCUGACGGUUGGCGGAUUUGUUCUCCUGCAGGAGGAUGAGAAUUCACAGCUGAAGGUGUUGUGUGCAAACUCCGUAUCUUUUCACCCAAGUGGUCCUAUGCAGUUCUCGGCUCCGCAGCCGUGGUGUUCUGAGUGGACUCGCAAGCUUGCCGAAGCCGGGCGCUUCCGAAAGGUCACCGUCCAAAAGUGGGCCAGUGCUGGAGCUCGAUACCUCUGCUGGAUUUGCCCCGAGGAAAAGCUACUGAGACCCGGGGCUCGGCAUGGGGGUUUCGUCUUCCUUUUCCACGAGCUCGAUGAGGAGGACACGAGCGGCAGGGAUCGCUUUUUCGAAGUCGUUGGGGCGCCUGUGACCAGCGAAGCCCGCACCCUCGAGCUCCUUUCUCAAAUUCCAAAGAGGUCUUCGCAGCCCGAGGUUCUGCAGUCAUCGGCCCUUCCUUUUCGAGUCGUCGGUGAAGUGCUUCCUGCAUCAUCCUCGAAGCACAUGGAGGACCUUCGCCAGCGCUGCUUCAAGGCUGCCUCCGACGGACGCUGGUCCCUGCUGGCGCACAUUCUGACGGAAUUCCCGGCAGUAGCACAAGCGCAAAACGAAGAAGGUCAGACAGUGCUGCACAAAAUAGCGGCUGGACGCCCAAAGACACGGCGUGCUACAGAACUCCUUCGCUUGAUCCAUUCGCAGGGUGGGAACCUUGAGGCGCAGGACACGUCUGGACAGAAGGCAUACAACCUGGGCGAUCAGAUCUUCCGCGCCCAAGCAUGUGAGAUUUGGGGUCUCGUCCCUGACCUUUUUGCUGACCCAGAGGUUUGGUUCGAUUAUUGGGAUGCGAACAAAGAUGGACAUCUGUCUCCAGAGGAGUUAGUGCCUGCCUUGGCAGCUGCCUACCAAGUAGGUGAGCUUGGCAGACAGUGGAUUGAAAGCUAUGUGAACACUCACUACCGUGAGAUGGCUGCGCUCGACCCGAAUGCUCUCCUGACUAAGUCUGCUUUUUUGGGCAACGAAGGUCUGCUACACAAGCUGCAGUCCAGUGAGGAGUUCAUUAGUUUGCGUGGGCAAGAAGACAGUCCUGGUAAGAAGAUGCCAGCAUUGUUUAAGACGGAAGGUCGUAAGAAGCCUACUGAAGCCGACAAGGAGGCAGUAAAGAAGUUCUCCAAAGCUUUGGAAGAUCUGCGGGCAAAGCAUGGGUGGAACAGAGCUGGGAAUGCAGCACCCUCCCAUGCAAGACUUUUGGAAGUGUCUGGUCCUUUCCCUGGUGGAGACUCGGAUCCAGAGCAUCGCAUGAAGGCAGCCAGGCAGAUGUUGGCUUGGUCUUUUGCGAAAACAACGGCCAGAAGCGGCAAGGAAUGGAUGCACGGCUUUAAGAUACAGUUCACUGGGGACGAUGCUGGCAUUGACCAUGGUGGACUGACAAAACGUUGGGUGCAGGAAGUGGGUCAUGCCUUGUGGGGAAGUGAGGACUUCUUUGAUACGAAAGCUUCAGGCAGCUUCUUCAAGCCUGACAGCACUACCGACAUGCGCAUCCAUGCUUUCCAUGUCAAGGCCGAGUCAUUGUACAGAUGGGUGGGCCGCUUUCUCGCCUACUCUUUGUAUCAAGGCUGCGUCUUGGACUGUGCUCUGAGUCCCUGGGCCUUGCGCUGGCUCAUGCGGGUGAGUGAGACGCAAGCAGCGCUGCCCCCGAUUCUGGCGGCUGUGGCAGGGGACUGGCAACGGGAGGGUGAGGACAGCCGCAUCGCUACCAUCUCUGGAAGGGUCCUUCUGAGCCAUGCAGAUGAGAACGGCUUGCCCCCGCAGAUCGCUCUGCAAGUCUCAGAAUCAGGUGAUGCUCUGCAAGCAGAUUUCGACGGAGAGUCCCUGACAGCCAGCCUCGCAGGCGGUCGACUUCGCUGGAGUGAUGGCGAUGUGUGGGUUCGAUGCAUCGACUGCCCAAUACCUCGCCAUGCUGCCCUGCCGGUGUGGGAUGACAGUUCCCAAGGUGACGACCAACUUUUGGAGGAUCUCGCAACAAUGGAUCCUGCCUUUGCCAACAGUUUGUGGAGAGUCCGGUAUGAGAUGCCCGACGAAGACCUGCAGUGGCUCACCUUCUCCUACGCCGGCCGAGAGCUCGUUCCAGGAGGCGAUGACAUCGAAGUCUCUCCGGAGAAUAAAGCCGAGUAUGUCCGGCUUUGCUGCAAGGCAGCCUUGCUGUACUCCUCUCAGAAAGCACUGCAAGCAUUCAGCGAUGGAUUCUUCGAUGUCCUUCCUCCAAGCCUUUUCUAUGGUGCGCCGGCUGACGUUUUCCAGUGGCUCCUGCUGGGCGAUGCCCAGAUUUCGGAUGUGCAGAUCGAGAAGCUCGAGCAGGUUCUGGUGCCAGAUGGCCUGGUCCCCAAGCACCUCAAAGACACCAAGGAACUCCAGACAUCGCUGGCCUGGCUGUUCAAGAUCAUCCGGCGAGGGGACUCCAAGUUCAGGUCGAGGCUUUUGGAAUUCUGGACCGGGAGCGAGCGCUUGCCCCUUGGUGGCGUGGAAGCCAUCGAGCCGAAACCCAGGCUGCAGGUGAUGAUCUCGCAGGAGAAGCCCCUUUUCAGUGCAAAUUUCAUGUGGGAAGUGCAGCUGCCCAACAAUUCGUGGUCUGCCUACAGCCCUGAAAUCAGCGGAAGCUUGAACAACACGCUCGAGGCCGGUUUGAGGAUGUUGGAACUCCAAGUGGGCCGAAACAUGUAUGUCAUAGACAUACGUGCCAAGGUUCAGGUCAACCGCCGGACCGGCGACCGACGGAAAGUUCGACGCAGAAAGAUCGACAUGGCAGCUGAUGACCGCACUGAAAUGGCCGUCGUGAAGAGGAUCGAAUCGUGGCCGGCAACACGCCUACCGGAAGGGUGCCGUGGCAACAGUGUCGACAGCGUCUUUUUGCCAGUCGGCGCCAUGACGGCUGGAUUGCAUGGCCUUCGCCACUGGCUACUUCUCAGCCGUUCCGUCUUCGAGCAGCUGUCGGCAAGCAGCAUCUCAGCGCAUGAUUCACAGAGGCCAAAGCGAGCCGCUGUGGUGGAUGCCCAAGGGUCGGCCACAAUGCCGGCCUUGAUGCGUCAGGAGGACCAAGAACUCGCGGAGACCCAUGAACACCGGCCAGUCGGUGUGGAUGGACUCUGGGCGAGGUUUUUUGGUACCAGCGGUUCCUCGAUUGCGGAUGUGGUGAGAUCAUCUGCAGAUUCCGAAGAGAAUGCCACGCACUCCGUCGAGAGCAGUUCUGGAAAGUCUUCUCAGUACAAUGCCAGCAAGCUCGGCAAUGCUACGCGGGACGCCCUUGCCAAGCUUAAGAAUUCCAACGUCUCGAAGCUGACUUUCUCUGAGGAGGACUGUGAGGACACCUGGCAGCCAGAGUGGAGCUCGAAAAGUCCAGCAGAAAACUGUGAAGAGUGGGCGCGAGAUGGUGAAUGGGGAGCUCUCUCGAGCGCAGCCUCCAUGAAAGUAGCUUGCAAAAGCGACUGGGCCCAGGAGAACUGCAUAGCCACUUGUGGAUGCAAGGCGGUGCUGAGCAUGCAGCUCGACAAGGCGAUCCACGAGGCGGUGCGAAAUCUCGGCUACAGCUCUGCGAAGGACGCGGAGCUGCAAAACCUUUUGGAUGACAUGGGCGAGCUCGGUAGCAUCCCAGAAUACAACCGUUCCGCUAGUCCGCGCACCAACACGUCCACCACGUCAACUACAACCAGUCCACCGGUCCAUGCACAUGCGAUUCUGGACGUGGUGUCGCAGAUGGGAUUCGAUUCCAAGCAGUCUGCUCAGCUUAAUGAAACACUGCAGCUCAUCGAUCCGGACCACUACGAUGACAUUAUCGAAGUGCUGAGUUUUGUCGGCAUGGAUUUGCACACAAAGCUGGACUUGAAGCUUAUCUGGAAAUUGCACAUCGGAACCUCGACUACGGGGCCGGUAUCAGAAGAGGAUGUUCUCGAAGCAGCUGCAGAUGUGGGUUUGAAGAAAGAGGACAUCCUGUCUAUCAAUGCUACCCUUGAUGGCAUCAAGCCGGGGCUUCAUGACGAGAUUCUCAAUGCGGUCAAUGAAACGGCUGGCCUCGCAAAGAGUAUCGGGGCAACUUGCUGGCAAUGA